AUGUCCGACUCAGAAGACGAAGCUCCUCCCCUCCUGGAUGAGUUCGAUCCUACACCGGCCGCUGAAUCCCCUGAUGAACAUGUUCGGGUCCCUCUGACGAUAAUUUCUGGCUUCCUCGGCGCUGGCAAGUCGACUCUCCUGAAGCGCAUUCUCACAGAGCGCCAUGGGUACAGAAUAGCUGUGAUCAUGAACGAGUUUGGGGACACGGCCGAUAUCGAAUCCAAGACGAUCAACGUAUCUUCUGCUUCGGACCCUACCGCGGACGGAACGGAAGAGUUCUUGGAGCUCGCGAAUGGCUGUCUCUGUUGCAGCAUUAAGGAUUCAGGCGUUGCGGCCAUUGAGAAGCUCAUGCAGCGCAAAGGAGCCUUCGAUUAUAUUCUACUUGAGACCACAGGUCUCGCUGAUCCAGGCCCUAUUGCCUCGAUAUUCUGGCAGAACGAGGACUUUUCACGAGGUCUUGGUCGGGAGAUCAUCCUAGAUGGCGUGGUCUGCGUUGUAGACGCUGUUUUUGGUAGACAGCAAAUGGACGAGGAUCACCAAACGGCUGAAGACGGAAUCGGUGAAAGCCUUAGGCAGAUCGCGGCAGCAGAUGUUAUCUUGCUGAACAAAACCGACCUGGUCUCCCAAGCACAGAUCGAAGAGACCGAGGACAUCUUACACAAGAUUAAUCCAGCCGUAACGAUUCACCGAACGGUACGCUCCGAGGUUGACCUGAAGAACGUCGUCAAUAUCGGCGCAUAUUCCCGCGGACCUGUCACGCAGCGCGCCGACCGCAAUCCCAACACUCUCAGUGCAGCCUCUACUGACUCGCACGACCACCUUCACGCGCACGACCAGGACGAUCCUCACGAUCCUCACUCUCAUCAGCCCACUCAUUACGAGAUGCGAGGUAUUACCAGCCUCCAAGUUACUUGCCCUGUCUUGUCUUCCGCACGAUAUGUGAAACUAGACCAAUGGAUACGCACAGUACUGUGGGAGCAUACAUUGCCUGACCAGCUAGAGAGCACGGAUGCCUCGAUCGACGUAUUAAGGUGUAAAGGGCUUUUCUCCACCGAUUCUGGAAAGAAAUUCGUUCUUCAAGGCGUUAGGAACCUCUACGAAAUAACGGCCGUGGAUGGCACGGAGAUGGGUGUACCGGAGGAGGGUAAAUUGGUGCUGAUAGGCAAAGGAUUAGAUGCUACCGUGAGAGCAAGCCUCGAGGCUGUCCUUCGCUAA